AUGGAUCUCCCGACAGUGAGACCUGCUACCACCAGCCAGAAUUGGAAGGCAGUCUUCCCUUUAAAGGAGGAUGUCCUUCCCCACUGCAAGUACAGGCAACUGCUGCACAGACAAUACAUUAAAAAUGCUUCCCUGAACAUGAAAUUCUCCCAGGAUGUCAUCAAGUCCAUGAUGUUCUACCAGGUCCCAUUCAAAGAGAAGGAUGACAGCAACAUGUUCGAUCUCUUUGAGGUUGUUGCGCCCCAAGAGGUGAAACAUUACCCCCCAAGCAGGCCCGGCCAUUUGAAUCGAGUGCCACGUCACUACAAUUCCUUAUGCCAGAAGCCCAAGCAGGAGGCAGAGGGUAAGGAGGGAAUGCUGAGUGUAGAUUGUUCUAAUCGGAAACCAAGUCCUGAGCGUCCUCACAAGGUCCAGACCUUGUCUGCGGCAGUGCCUUCACCUGAAAGCAGCAGUCCUACGGCACGAACAUUGCAGGCGCAAGCAGUGGAACGGAAAUUGGAGCAGGGGGGAGGCCCACCCGAGAGAAUGGUGGAGGAUUCCCCCAGCCCACAGCGUGAGAAAUGGGAUGAGCACCUGGUGAAAAAGCUGAGCAAGAGGACAGCGCAGUGGUUGGUGACCAAGCAGAUGCCCAAGAGCCCAUCUCGCGUCAGGCUAAGCAAACUCUUGCAGGACUGUUAUGGCUCUGCCCGUGCCCACGCCCUGGUACAGGAUGAGACCAUGACCGCCAGCGACUUCCGCCUCUAUGACCAAAUCAAAGCCCAGGAGCCCAGCUUGGCCAUGAUGAGGAAAGUGACCAAGAGUCCACUGGCCGCAUACUACAGGGUUCCUGGGUUUGAAGUGAGUGCGGACAUCAUGGAGGAACCUGGAGCUGCAAAUCAGACUGCGGCCAACCUGAUGGUGAAGCACUUUGAACUCCCUCCAAAGCCCAAGACGGUCCUGAAUUCAAAGCUUGGAAAGCAUGUUUAUUACACAGAAAAUGUGUUUGAACAAGAACUGUACACUGGGUCAUCCAAUGUGGUUCAUCACCAUGGUGAGAAAUACAAGGAGAGAAUUAUCAUGGACAACCUCUCCGAAUAUCAAAAACACCUCCAGGAAUGCUUUCCUCAGUUGCCGGUAGAGUGGACAGAGGACAAAGGGGAGCAAGACAAACAACACACAGCUCCAGAAUCCAAGAGGAAAUGGAAAGGCAUGAGAAGGUGGACAGCCCUGCCUACUGUGGCUGAUUACACUGUGGAGCAAGGACUGAGACUGCCAGACUACGAUUUGGUGGAAAUAAAAGUGAAGAAACCUUUUAAAACGCGAGAGGACCUGCAAAUGGUGCGCAACAUGGUUGCAGGGUGGAUCAAAGCUUGGCACAUCUAUUCCCAUUGGCAGGAUAUCACUGUAGAAGAACUGAAGAGAGACCUCAAAGCGAUACAUAGUCAUGUCCAGCUCAAUGCCUUAGUAACUUGUGCCUGUGGAGCUAUUGAGCGCCCACAACUGGAAGAAGACAAAGAUCUCAUCAAGCUUCACUUGAGGGGUGAGAGUGAAGUCCAACCCGUGCCUGAGGCUCUUCAACCACUCAUUAGUGAAGCCCUGAACAGCAGUAACAAGCAUGUGCAAUUAGCAGCAGCAAUCUGCCAUGUCGCAAUGGAGAAGGUGAAUGGAAGAGUCACAGAGAUCCUACAGGAUAACCUCCUUCAUGGAAAUGUAGCUGAUUGUUGGAUUGCAGCACAAAGCCUGGCUCUUAAUGGCGAUGGCAGCUAUCCCGUAGUCAACAGAAUCAUCCAGCAUCUCUUCGACACACCAGAACCAGAGACUUUGAAGCAACUGCUCUCUGUUUACAACCAGACUCUGGUGCACUUCAUACUGGCAAAGCACCUGAACAGUCGCAAUUGGAAAGAAAAGGUGCUGGCAUGUAAGGUCCUCUCCUGCCUGCGCGGAUCACUUAACAAGGAUCUGACACACAAGAUUGUAUACCUGAUGUGGAAUGACUGGAACAGCAAUGUCCGCCAGGCAGCAACACACUCACUAGGAGCCUUAGGACUGGGGAAGGAAGCUCAUGAUGAACUCAGGGAGAGAUUGGAGAAAGGGGAUUGCAGGACCCGAAUCGAGGCCUUGUCAUGCAUUGGUCAGCUCGGUGUGAUGACUGGAAAACUGAUGCCCAGCUUCCUAGAGUGUUUCAAAGACGAUUUCAUUGGUGUACGGAGAGAGGCAUGUCUGACAGCUGGUUUGCUGAGGAUAAAAGAUGAGAAGGUCCUUAAUCAUCUGGUGCACCUGAUGCAGUCGGACCACAUCUGGAAAAUCAGAGCCUACGCAAUCAAGGCUUUAGGAUCCAUUGGUCAUGUGACUGAGCAACUGAAGAAUUUGCUCCUGUGGGCACUUCAUUACGAGCAAGAGCCUGGCAUCCGAAUGGAAGCCUGCAACAGUAUUGUCUCCCUGAACUUGAGAGAUGCUAACACGCAGAAUAUUUUGAGAGAGCAGCUUCUGGUGGAGCUUAACCCACUUGUCCGGGAGUAAGUUGAUGAGCUGCGGCUAUCGGUGCAGUGAGAACUGUGGAUUGCACAUAAUCCUGAACUCAACAGGCAACAACAAACUCAGUCACCUUACAGCUACAACAUCUUUAUAACAGCCAAGAGGAACUCACCAUAACCUUCCGGGAA